AAAUGUACCUUUCAUCGUUGUUGUCUCUUUGAGACCGAGCCCUAAGCUAAAAUUAUAAAACUUCUUGUUGUCGCGGCCGGUCAAUAAAGGGCCAGAACCCAUACAGAGUUAAGGGUUCGACCCUUGACCAUCGUAACAACAACAGGAAGGUUAAAAAAAAAAUACAAUUAUAUCAAAAAUAUCAAAACAAAAAAAAAAUAUAAAAGAAACACAGAGAUGGGAGGACCUAAGUUAAAGUAUUCGUUCUUCUUUCUAUUUAUCACUUUUUGUACAAUAAUACCGAGCCUAAUGGCUCAUAUUGGUGACUUCGACGAGGUAUGGAGGAGGAGAGCCGAAGAAGCAAAAGAGUAUGCCCGUCAGAUUUACGAGCCCCACCCUGAAAAUGUCACACUUGCAUUUAACCAAAAACUUCGCGACACAAUGAAGGAAUUAAGGCAAGUUAAGCAUAGCAAUAGCACAAGGAGGGGGCUAGGGACCAAAAAGUACGAUGGACCUUGCACGGUCACAAAUCCAAUUGAUAGGUGCUGGAGAUGUGACCCUAAUUGGGCAGACAAUAGGAAAAGACUAGCAGAUUGUGCAAUGGGCUUUGGAUCCAAGGCCACUGGUGGCAAAGACGGUGAAUUCUACGUCGUCACUGAUAAUUCUGAUGAUUAUACCGAUCCAAAACCAGGAACUCUUCGUCAUGCUGUUAUCCAGAAGGAGCCAUUGUGGAUCAUAUUUAAAAAGGGUAUGACCAUUAGGUUGCACCAGGAGAUGAUCAUGCAGAGUGACAAGACCAUCGAUGCUCGUGGGGCUAAUGUUCACAUUGCGAAAGGUGCUGGCAUAACCCUCCAGUAUAUCAAGAACGUGAUCAUCCACGGACUUCACAUUCAUGACAUUGUUGAGGGAAAUGGUGGGAUGGUUCGGGAUGCAGUGGACCAUAUUGGAAUACGUACGAAAAGUGAUGGAGAUGGCAUUUCAAUCUUCGGCGCGUCCAAUAUAUGGAUUGAUCAUGUCUCUAUGAAGAGUUGCUACGAUGGGUUGAUCGACGCUGUUGAAGGAUCCACUGGUAUCACAAUAUCCAAUGGACAUUUCACUGAUCACAAUGAGGUGAUGUUGUUUGGUGCAAGUGACAGUUCUUCCAUAGAUCAAGUUAUGCAAAUCACAUUAGCUUUCAAUCAUUUUGGGAAGAGAUUGGUACAGAGAAUGCCAAGGUGUCGAUGGGGAUAUAUCCAUGUUGUUAACAAUGACUAUACUCACUGGAAUAUGUAUGCCAUUGGUGGCAGCAUGCAUCCCACUAUCAUUACCCAGGGUAAUCGUUUUAUUGCUCCUCCAGACAUCUUCAAGAAGCAGGUAACAAAGAGGGAGUACAACCCAGAAUCAGUGUGGAUGCAAUGGACAUGGAGAUCAGAGGGAAAUCUAUUCAUGAAUGGUGCAUACUUCACUGAAUCUGGAGAUCCAGAUUGGUCACAGAAACACAAAGAUCUUUAUGAUGGAAUAUCAGCUGCCCCAGCAGAAGAGGUCACUUGGAUUACUAGGUUUGCAGGUGCACUUGGCUGCAAAGAAGGACAACCUUGUUAGAAAAUAAAAACAAUUUAGUUUCUAACAUCUUAAGAUAGCAAAUAACGGUGAAGUCGGAGAAUGCUACAAUUUUUUGUAUGUAUCUAUCGAGAUAACUAUUUUGUAAAUUAAUUUUUUCUUGGGAGUAAAAGAGCUAUAAACGUUGAUUACCUUUAAUUUUUUGCUCAUAGCGGCUAGCUUUCAUUUUGUGUACAUAUGUUGUGCAGCCGUUGGCAGUUUUGUAGUCAAUGUUUUGGUUCUCUAAUAAAUGGAAAAGCAUACAUUUUUACAUU